GCUGAAGAGCCGUAAAAACAACUAUGGCGGCUGCUGAUUUGUAGUGGCCGAUGCUGGUAGCGACAGUGAUAGAAAAGUAAUCCGUUAUCAUCCUGCAACACACAACCCUAGCAUACAACCUAUAAGAAAAUCGGAACAUGUACCUUUACAACCUGACACUUCAACGUGCCACAGGCAUCACUCAUGCAGUGCAUGGGAAUUUUUCCGGUACAAAACUGCAAGAAAUUGCAGUGUCGAGGGGGAAGAUUUUGGAAUUGCUUCGUCCAGAUCCAAACACGGGAAAAGUUUACACAUUGUACACCACAGAGAUCUUCGGUGUUAUUAGGUCUAUGAUGGGCUUUCGCCUAACUGGAGGAUCAAAAGAUUACCUUGUAAUUGGAUCAGACUCUGGAAGGAUUAUCAUUCUAGAAUACAAUGCACAAAAAAAUUCAUUUGAAAAGGUGCACCAAGAAACCUUUGGCAAGAGUGGAUGCAGACGAAUUGUACCAGGCCAGCAGUUGGCAAUGGAUCCCAAGGGAAGAGCUCUCAUGGUUGCUGCAGUAGAGAAACAAAAGCUAGUUUACAUAUUGAACAGAGAUGCUGCUGCUCGUCUCACAAUUUCAUCUCCCCUGGAGGCACAUAAGUCUAGUACCCUUGUGUACCACUGUGUCGGCGUUGACGUGGGUUUCGAAAAUCCAGUUUUUGCCUGCCUUGAAAUGGACUAUGAGGAGGCAGAUGGUGACCCCACUGGAGAAGCUGCCCAAAAUACACACCAAACCCUGACAUUCUAUGAACUUGAUCUUGGAUUGAAUCAUGUCGUUCGGAAAUAUAGUGAACCGCUGGAAGAGCAUGGAAACUUCUUGAUUGCAGUUCCGGGAGGAAGUGACGGCCCCAGUGGUGUCCUUAUUUGCUCUGAAAACUACAUCACAUACAAAAAUUUUGGAGACCAACCGGAUAUUCGGUGCCCUAUUCCUAGGAGGAGGAAUGACUUGGACGACCCUGAGCGUGGCAUGAUUUUUGUUUGUAGUGCACAACACAAAACCAAGUCCAUGUUCUUCUUUCUGGCUCAGACUGAGCAGGGAGAUAUCUUCAAGAUUACCUUAGAAACUGACGAAGACAUGGUAACAGAAAUAAAACUGAAGUACUUUGACACAAUUCCUGUUGCAAUUAGCAUGUGUGUCCUGAAGACUGGCUUUCUCUUUGUUGCUUCAGAGUUCGGCAACCACUGCCUGUAUCAAAUUGCCCGGCUGGGCGAAGAAGAUGAGGAGCCAGAGUUCAGCAGUGCUAUCCCCCUUGAAGAGGGAGACACAUUCUUUUUUGCCCCACGUCCACUGCGCAACUUACUGGCAGUGGAAGAAUUAGACUCUCUGUCACCAGCAUUAGGGUGCACAAUUGCUGACCUGGCGAAUGAGGACACUCCACAGCUCUAUGUGGCGUGUGGCAGAGGACCUCGCUCAUGCCUGAGGGUGCUUCGUCAUGGUCUCGAAGUGUCUGAAAUGGCUGUAUCUGAACUUCCGGGUAAUCCCAAUGCUGUAUGGACUGUCAAAAGAAAGGCAGAUGAGGAUUUUGACGCAUACAUUAUCGUGUCCUUCGUAAAUGCCACUUUGGUGCUGUCUAUUGGAGAGACAGUUGAGGAAGUCACAGAUUCUGGGUUUUUGGGAACCACACCAACUCUCUCCUGUGCGCAGAUUGGUGAUGAUGCUCUUGUUCAAGUGUACCCAGAAGGCAUAAGACAUAUACGUGCAGACAAGAGAGUCAACGAGUGGCGUACACCUGGCAAGAAGGCCAUUGUGAAAUGUGCAGUUAACCAACGACAAGUUGUUAUUGCUUUGACUGGAGGAGAACUUGUCUAUUUUGAAAUGGAUCCAACUGGCCAAUUGAAUGAGUACACAGACCGACGCGAAAUGUCCGCUGAUAUCAUUUGCAUGUCUCUGGCAAGUGUGCCUACUGGGGAACAGAGGUCACGUUUCCUUGCUGUUGGACUGGCAGAUAGUACAGUUCGUAUCAUCUCAUUGGACCCUUCGGACUGCUUGUCUCCAUUGAGUAUGCAAGCCUUGCCGGCAACGCCUGAAUCGCUCUCUAUAGUUGAAAUGGGAGCUGCUGAAUCAGACCCCAGUAGUCAAGGGAUGCUAUAUCUGAAUAUUGGAUUGCAAAACGGAGUCCUGCUGCGUACUGUUUUGGACCAAGUAACUGGUGACCUUUCUGACACUCGAACAAGGUACUUGGGCUCACGCCCUGUGAAGCUCUUCAAAGUCCGGAUGCAAGGCAGCGAUGCAGCCCUGGCCAUGUCUAGUCGUUCAUGGCUCAGCUAUUACUACCAGAACCGCUUUCACCUUACGCCACUGUCCUACGAAACCCUGGAGUACGCAUCUGGGUUUUCUUCUGAGCAAUGCCCUGAAGGAAUUGUGGCAAUUUCCACAAAUACACUAAGAAUUCUGGCAUUAGAGAAGUUGGGGGCAGUGUUCAACCAAGUAUCUACCCCUCUAGAAUACACACCCAGGAAAUUUGUUGUGAACCAAGACACAAACCAUCUCCUCAUCAUUGAGACGGAUCACAAUGCUUACACAGAGAAGAUGAAACAUCAGAGAAAGCAACAAAUGGCCGAGGAAAUGGUGGAAGCAGCUGGGGAAGGUGAACAGGAGUUGGCUGCAGAAAUGGCAGCUGCUUUCCUUAGUGAAACAUUACCGGAAGCUGUCUUUGGAUCUCCAAAGGCUGGAACAGGGAUGUGGGCCUCGGUUAUUAGGGUACUCAGUCCAUCUGAUGGUCACACAGUCUGCAAAGUUGCACUAGAGCAGAAUGAGGCCGCAUUAAGUGUUGCACUAGUUCGGUUUGCAUCUCAGCCCGAUGAGCAAUAUGUGGUGGUUGGUGUUGCCCGUGACCUGCAGCUGAACCCACGUAUAUGCCGAGGAGGCGGCUUGCUCAUAACCUACAGGCUACAAAUUGGGGAGGAUCCGUCGGUGGGGGCAGCCUAUUUGGAAAGGGUGCAUAGCACCCCUGUCGAAGAUGCCCCCACUGCCUUGUGCUCUUUUCAAGGGCGUCUCCUUGCUGGUAUUGGCAAGUGUGUUCGCCUCUAUGACCUAGGUCGAAAGAAGUUGCUUCGAAAAUGUGAAAACAAGUACAUCCCCAAUUUGGUGGUAACACUUCAGAGCAUGGGUAGCCGUGUGUUGGCAGGAGAUGUCCAAGAAAGCUUUUUCUUCCUUCGGUACAAACGCCACGAGAACCAGCUGGUUAUUUUUGCGGAUGAUUCUGUGCCUCGAUGGGUCACAGCUUCGAGCAUACUGGAUUAUGACACUGUUGCUGGUGCUGACAAGUUUGGAAAUGUCUCUAUCAUACGCCUGCCUCCUAGCAUUAGUGACGAGGUUGACGAAGACCCAACUGGAGUCAAGGCCCUCUGGGAUCGAGGUUGGCUUGGUGGCUCAUCACAAAAAGCAGAAGUGAUCUCCAACUUCCAUAUUGGAGAGACUGUGCUCUCUCUCCAAAAGGCAACUCUCAUUCCUGGUGGUUCAGAAUCUUUGGUAUAUACUACCCUUUCUGGCACAGUAGGGGUGCUGGUACCGUUUACUGCACAUGAGGAUCAUGACUUCUUUCAGCACUUGGAAAUGCACAUGAGGGCUGAAAACCCACCACUGUGUGGAAGGGAUCACUUGUCAUUCCGAUCUUACUACUUUCCUGUAAAGAAUGUGAUUGAUGGUGACUUAUGCGAACAGUUCAAUUCUCUUGACCCUUCAAAACAAAAGAGCAUUUCUGAAGAACUCGACAGGAAUCCGAGCGAGGUUUCAAAGAAACUUGAAGACAUCAGGACACGUUACGCCUUCUAAGUGAACAACACACAAUUUAUACUGCUGCAUCAUCAUUCUGUACAUAUGCAUGCAAACAUCCAGUAAAUUGGUCAAAACUCAAAA